AUGUCGUGUGGGGACGGGGCAACGGUCAGAAAUCUGACAGAGGGUACAACAAAAUGUCCGGGGAAGAGCGGGUUCAUGAACGAUGACGUCACCUACACUGUCAGAUUCUAUCUCGACUUCGUUGUGCAGAUGUCAAUCGUGAUCUUCGGCAUCAGCUCAAACAUCGUCAAUAUCGUCAUCUUCGUAAAGACAGGGCUAGAGGACAGCGUCACCAUCUCGUUUCUCGCUUUGGCCAUCUCCGAUCUGGGGUUCAGCGUGUUCUUCCUGCUCAUGAGAAUUUUCGGGAUACUGAGCAACGUGUAUAAGCUGGGCCCCACUGUUUCCAUGGGAACUAUCUCGUAUCUUCUGUUCUGGUACAUGAACUUGUUUUUCGACAUUUCUGUGCUGGUCACCACGUUCACGGCUGUGGAGAAAUGCUGCUGUGUCGCCAUACCCUUGCUGUUUAAGAACGUAUUCACUCGUUUCAGAACCGUUAUCACCUUAGUGGUUAUUUACCUAGCGGUACUCGUGACUUACAUUCCCACUUUUUCGAGCCAUGGACUCAAACUUAAAUUUGAUCCCGUCAGAAACCACAGUAGAUAUGUGUACGCCAACCGUUCUUACACUAUGUUGGUUUUCGAUAUUUACACUGUGUUCAACAGAAUGGUCAUUCCCUUUGUAUCCCAAGUGGCAGUGCUUUUCUGUAUGGUCGUACUCACAAUCAAACUCCAGGUAGCAACGAAAAAGAGGCGGGAAAUGACGUCAGAACAAAGUUGUGAAGUCAACGAAAGUAACGACAGAAAGAACAAAGAGAAAGUUCUAGGAAAAGGUAAGAAUAGAUUGAGCAGGAAAGAAUGGCGCGUGGUACAGGCAGUUAAUCUAGUGGCGGGAAUCUUUGUGGCUAGUAACCUCCCAGAGAUCGUAAUUUCUUUCUGUGCCUUGUACUACCCUGAAUUCAGCGACUUUGGACGGUACAAAAACUUGUACAGAGUCGUAACUUCCUUGCAGGAUCUCAUCACCGUCACCAGUGCUGCGGUCAAUAUCUUUGUCUACCUCGGGUAUAACUCGAAAUACAGACAAGAAUUUCUUCGGAGUAUUGGGCCCACAGAAAUCGACAAGACAUAG